AUGCAGAAGUUGAACCGUUGUCAGGCCAGAUGGGCUUUGUACCUUACGCGCUUCGACUUCAUUCUACGCCAUCGACCUGGACACCUCAACCAUGCGGAUCCCUUGUCACGACGUGCCGACCACCGCGAAGGCGUUGGUGAGGAAAACUCCAACAGGGUCCUGUUCCUAGCAGCCGAUCUUGCCAGCAACGCCACACAGCUUGUGUCCCUGGAUGAUGUAAAGCAGCGCAUUUUGGAGACAGAGGCGAAGGACAAAGAGGUGGCGGAGGCUAUGCAGGUCAUAGAGCAGGAAGGUCCAGCGGCGCUCAAACGGAAGUUGGAGGGUUGGGAAGAGAAGGACGGUCUCAUCAUGUUGUGA